CCAAAUCGUAGUUCACGCUAGUAUGUGAAAUGCUGCUUCGAAAUAGUGCGAUGUCCUUCCUUCACCACACUUGAGUCUGAUUGCCUGAUCACCAUGGACAAGUUGAAGAAGUGAAGCCCCCCACCCAAAUGACCUCCUUACCCCUGAGGCAGAAGUCGAGCUGCUGUACAGUCGUUGGAUGAGUCUACAGUUGGAAGCUGAAACAGAGCCAGACUCAGAGGUGGAUGUCCCCAGCUGUCAGGCACCAGGCCCUUAGCUGGCUGGACCCGGAGCAGAAAGUACACCCUGUGAGGAGGUGGAUGUGAGUCGGGAGGGCUCUGACGUGGGGUCUUGGACGUUCCCUCACUAAGAUGUCUAUGAAACAAGGUGACGGGAUGUCCAUCGCGCAGGCCUUGGCCAUGACGGUGGCGGAGAUACCCGUGUUUCUGUACUCCACCUUUGGGCAGUCAAUAUUCUCCCAGCUACGCCUGACGCCGAGCCUGAAGAAGGUGCUGUUCGCCACGGCGCUGGGGAGCGUCGCGUUGGCGCUCACGGCGCACCAUAUGAAGAGGCGGGGCAGAAAGAGGAAACAGGUGACGGCUGGGAAAGAGGGCCAGAAAACGGUGGGGAUACCAGAGGGGCUGCUGAGGACGGGAAGGCCUUCGUCCUUGAAGAGAAUUCCUCUAUCGGGGCGACAGAUGAUGAGCCCCAGCACCCGGAGCAACGACACCAUGAGCGGCGUCUCCUCUCUGGCCCCCAGCAAACGCUCCAGCUCCUCGCACAGCCUGGCCUCGGUAAGGGUGCCGUCCUCUCCCAAUCAGUCAGCCAAUCCCUCGACUCCCCGGGACGCGGAGCCGGUAGAGGAGGAGCCCGGAACAAUGGAAGAUGCAAACGCAGAGAACCUCUACAUCCUGGGGAUGGAGUUGUUUGAGGAGGCCCUGCAGAAGUGGGAGCAGGCCCUGAACGUCCGCCAUAGCUCCCACUCCAGCGCCUCAAACAAUACCAGUCUCGCCCUGCAGGGGGCAGCCUGCGCUGAACCACCGACGGUGGAGGUUCGCAACAAGGUGUUUGCCGACAAGUUGGAGACGCUCCUUCACCGUGCGUACCACCUCCAGGAGGACUUCGGCGCCACUAUUCCACCUGACAGCCUGCUAGCAGACUUUGAGAGCGAGGGGACUCUCAUCUUGCCAAACGUAGGGAGCUCCCACAGACAGAGGGACGACGACGCCACCACCAUCACCUCCGACGACUCCUUCUUCUCAGCAGCAGAGCUGUUUGAGUCUCUAGAGGAGGCCUACCAUCCAGUGAAGUCUGCCGCGCUCUAUGAGGAUGCGCUCAGCUUGGUUCGCGAGGGACGGGUGGUCUGUCGCUCCCCCAGGACUGAGUUGCUAGAAUGCUACGGUGACCACGACUUCCUAGCCAAGCUCCAUUGUGUGAGACAAGCCUUCCAGGUUCUUUUGCUGGACGAGCGACACAGAACGUUCUUCAUGGAGACAGGAAAGCAGAUGAUCGCUGGACUCAUGGUCAAAGCCAACAAGAGCCCCAAAGCCUUCCUGGAGAGCUACGAGGAUAUGCUCCUGUACACCCAGAGAGAAGAGACCUGGCCCGUCACCAAGAUGGAGCUGGAGGGACGAGGGGUGGUGUACAUGAGCUUCUUUGACAUCGUUCUGGACUUUAUCCUCAUGGACGCCUUCGAGGACCUGGAGAGCCCGCCCUCGUCUGUGGUGGCUGUGCUCCGCAACCGCUGGCUCUCCGACAGCUUUAAAGAGACGGCCCUGGCGACCGCAUGCUGGUCUGUUCUCAAAGCUAAGAGGCGUCUACUGAUGGUUCCCGACGGGUUCAUCUCUCACUUCUAUGCCAUAUCAGAACACGUGAGCCCUGUUCUAGCCUUUGGGUUCCUCGGACCCAGACAGCACCUCAGUGAGGUGUGCGCCAUCUUCAAGCAACAAAUCGUGCAGUACCUGAAGGACAUGUUCGAUCAUGACAAGGUGCGCUUCACUUCGUCCCAGUCCCUCGCGGAGGACAUCUUGAACCUGUCCCACCGCCGCAGUGAGAUCCUGCUGGGCUACCUGGGUAUUGACAGCCUGCUGCAGCUCAAUGGAAGCCUUGGUCCCCUCCCAGGGACCAAGGCGACUCCACAGGGUCCAACUGACCCUAGGAACCUGCCGGGAUGGGACACGCAAGACUAGACUAGACCCAGGACAGAGUGUGACCCGGACUGGGCCGGGCCGGGCCAAGCUAUAUUAAGUAGACUAGACUAGAAAUAGAACCAGGACAGGCUGUCAGGCCUACCAGGAAAAGAUGAACUUAAAAUGUUUGUUUUCAUGUUGAGACUCAAACAACAUGACUGAAAAGGAUCAAGACAAAUUUUACAGUAUGGAAGUUACAGUAUAGAACAUUCCUUACACAGGAUUGAAACAGUCUAGCAUGUCAUCAAUGCAGUUACAGUAAGACCAUUAAUAUAUCCGGAUCAGUGUCUGUUGCUCACCUGACAGAUGCGCCCUGAAAAUCACCAUUCAAAGUACCCAGCUGUUAUUGGACAUCACAAAGAAGGAAUCCUGUUGGACUUUAUUCUCCAAAUCUCCCCUUUCAUUGAAUGACCACCUUUUUAGACUUGACGCCGGUCCUUGACGAUCCUUCUUUGUCUGUGUGAAAGGCAGUGAUGGAUCAGAAUGUGUUUUAUGUUGUGUACGUAUGUCUAUAAGUUUGGGAUGGGGGGGCGGGGGGCGGGGGAGAAUAGAAACCAUCCCUUUUAGCAAACAUCCCAACACCCUCUGCCAAACGAAGACUUGCACUGAUUAAAGUCUGCUAGUGGACUUCUGCUGUUGCUGUUGCUUUUACCUCUGCGCUGUGUAAUCGUUCAUCCAUUCGUUUUGUUUAUUUAUUCCUAUCGGAGUCGAACGUCAAUGUAUUGUGGGACUCAUCCAGGAGAAUGAAUGUGUAAUAAGGUUGAGUCAGGGCACUGUCAUGCAUAGAAAGUGUAUAUUUAUGACCCCAGCGUGUCCUCACACUCUGUGUAGAAUUGUUGCUGAAGCCCUGAGGGCGCGAAGAAGCCAAGCUACCAGUGUUGAAGCUCUUACCUCAGUUGGCCUGCAUUAUGCAGACUGGAUUCUGUUCUGCUUGGGGAAAUGCAAAACAUUAUUAAUGCUAGAUCAUUAGCAGCUUUGAGGGGGAAGACUAUCAGUUAUAGUUAUUCAGACUGUUGUCAAAAUGUCUGUUUACAUGCAUGUGUGAUAAGGUGAGGACAAUUGUCUCUAAUCACUAAUUGUCUGUAAAAACUACAUUGUUGUUAUAUUAGAGCCAGUGAUCCCUCCCUCCCCUUCCUGCCAAAACCUAAACUUGUUUGAUCUAGUCUUUAUGAAUCCUGGAUCUAAAUGUCCUGCUUUCACUCGUCCCAUACCCACACUAUUGUACCUCAGACCUCUCAAGUCCCAGCAGGACCCAAGGCUAUGUUUGAAUGUCUCUCAAUUCACAGCUUUCCUGUUCAUGUUUGGUGGCUUAUCAAGUCAUUUGGAACUUGUUCAGCGGUCUCUUUGCAGUUUUGUUGCAUUGUAGCUGUAUCCAGGCAACCGACAAUAUUCAAGGCCUGUAUCUGAAUCGGAAGGUGAACAGGGCAGCUGUGACAGGAUUCAUAAUUCCGUUAGGGUGCCAUAUCCUGCUUCUGGUUCAUUAUGAAGCUAACUUUAAGGACCCUGUGUAAAUUGAGCCUUUUAUUUGCCUUUUGUCCCAUUUGCACUUAAUCAACCAACAAAUAAGAAUGAAAUGCAGAUAAUUGUCUAGCCCUAUAGUUAAUCAAGAGUAGGCUAAUUGGAUAGUGACUACAGAGUAGGUCUUAAUCAUUUUAGUUACUGGAUAUGUAAGUAAUGUAAAAGCACGUAAACUCUCCCUUUGAACUUUGUCGAUUUAAAUGAGAUGUAGUCAUGCCCACAAUUUUGGUAAGAACCGCCUGCUGACUUGUCCUAAUCUGCACGCUGACAAACAUUUUAAUUUAGCUUGCUGUUUUUUCUGUUCAAAAUUGUAGUUCUGCUAUACGCUUGUAGGAAUUAAAGCUGUAUCAGAGCUUCCUGUAGCAAACUAUCAGUCUGAUAUCAACUGAAAAGACUUCUUAUUACUUCAGAGUAAGUAAGAAUCCAAUUACUGUAAAAUGUAAUGUAUAGUCUCAAUAUGUAUCACAUUGAUAAUUGCACAUUAUUUGCAUUGCAUUGCCAAACAGCUGCUUUUGGGCUGAGGGAUUAGUUUCUCCAAGACAACUGAAAAUGGAUGUAAUCCAUUUUAAUCCGAGAAUCAUUAGUUUAUUUCUUCAUCAGAAUUUGCAUGCAAGUUUUUUUCUUCGUUUUGAAACCCUUAAUGAAUGAAUGAAUUUGUCCGUUAAGUCUUUUGAUUAGAGUCUGAGACUAUUACUCUGUCUCAAAGAUCCCUGAAUAAUUCAGAAUAGUUGUGUGUUGAUGCCAGUAAAAAUGAAACAAAUAGGAAC